AUGGAAAGCCUCCACGCAGCAAGCGAGAGCGCUAGCUCCCUCUCGGACAAGGAGAAGCUGGACGUUGAGAAGGCCGUGGUUCACGACCCGGUCCCCGUCGUCGACUUCGACGACCCGAACCUCGACAAGGAUGCCAUUGAGUUCGAGGAUGACUCCCCCUACCCUGAGGUGCGGUCGGCCGUGGCCAACACGGACGACCCUGAUAUGCCGUGCUCUACCCUUCGUUCAUGGAUCAUGGGUGUCAUUUGGGCAAUUAUUAUUCCAGGGAUGAACCAGUUCUUUUUCUUCCGGUACCCGUCCGUCAGCGUGGGCAGUUUUGUGGCCUUGUUGUUGUCCUUUCCUGUUGGCCGCGCGUGGGCUCGUUUCAUGCCCCGGGUCAAGAUUUUUGGCAUGUCCCUCAAUCCUGGACCAUUCACCAUCAAGGAGCAUGUAUUGGUCACGAUUAUGGCCAAUGUCGGAGGUAGUUCGGCUUAUGCCACCGACAUCAUCGCCGUUCAGCGUGUAUAUUAUAACCAGGAUUACAACUUCGGAUAUCAAUGGAUGGUGGUUAUGAGCACGCAGUUGAUUGGGUUUUCUAUCGGUGGCAUACUGCGGAGGUUCCUUGUCCAGCCACCGUCCAUGAUCUGGCCUGUCAAUCUGGUUACCUGCGCCCUUUUCAACACAUUGCACCAUCAACAAUACGCCGGUAUCGGGAAGCGCGGGGGUAUUAGCCGUGAACGCUUCUUCCUCUACGUAUUCAUCGGCUCGGCGUGCUGGUAUUGGUUCCCGGACUACAUUUUCCAAGCCCUCUCGUACUUUAACUGGGUCUGCUGGAUCGUCCCCGACAAUGUCGUUAUCAAUCAGCUCUUCGGAUACACAAGUGGACUUGGCAUGUCAUUAAUCACCUUCGACUGGGCGCAGAUCUCCUACAUCGGAUCUCCUCUACCCACGCCGUGGAUAUCAUCCCGGACAUCAUUCGACCGCUAUGGCAACACCUACAACAUCUCUGCUAUCGUCAACGAGGAUGCUUCUCUCAAUGUCGAGAAGUACGAGGCAUAUAGCCCGUUGUUCCUGUCGACGACGUUCGCGAUGUCAUACGGCCUUUCCUUCGCGUCGAUCACCUCCAUCAUCACGCAUACCUUCCUCUAUUUCCGCAAGCAGAUCUGGAUCCAGUCCCGCCGCUCGAUGAGCGAGCAGCCGGAUAUCCACGCUAGGCUGAUGUCGAAGUACCCUCAGGUCCCGGAAUGGUGGUAUGCUUCUUUGAUGGUCACCAUGUUCGUCUUUGGCGUGGUCUCAAUUGAGAUUUGGCAUACCGAGUUCCCUGUCUGGGCCUUCGUCCUGAGCUUGAUCAUCGCGUUCGUCUAUUGCAUUCCUGUUGGAAUGAUUCAAGCUAUCACCAACCAGCAACUUGGUCUCAACGUCAUCACGGAGUUGAUCAUUGGAUAUGCGCUCCCAGGACGACCAAUAGCCAUGAUGAUGUUCAAGACUUGGGGAUACAUCACCAUGUAUCAGGCCUUGCAGUUCACGUCUGACUUCAAGCUUGGCCACUAUAUGAAAAUCCCUCCUCGUCCGAUGUUCUGGUGUCAAGUGGUCGCGACUGUUAUCGCCGGGACGGUGCAGCUCGGUGUGCAGGCAUGGAUGUUCACCAACAUCCCGGACCUGUGCUCGACCUCUCAGCCGAACGGCUUCAUUUGCCCGUCGACUGAGGUGUUUGGUACUGCAUCCUUCAUCUGGGGCGUCAUUGGUCCCAAGCGUCAAUUCUCACAGGGCCAGAUCUACUAUGGCCUUGUCUGGUUCUUCCUGGUCGGCGCUCUUUGCCCGCUUGCAGCUUACCUCAUCGCCCUGAAGUGGCCCAACUCGUUCAUGAAAUACGUGAACUUCCCCGUCAUCUUCAGUGGUACCGGGGCCAUUCCGCCCGCCAGCGCCGUGAACUAUGUGCCAUGGGCCAUAGUCGGGUUCAUCUUCAACUACGUGAUCCGCCGACGUCACUUCGCCUGGUGGACCAAGUACAACUACGUCCUUUCGGCCGGCUUGGACUCCGGCGUCGCCAUUUCGAUUAUCAUUAUAUUCUUCUGUGUGCAGUACCCUAGGGAUGGCACAAUUGGCGCGUCGACCAUUGAGACGUGGUGGGGCAACACGGUAUCCUUCAACAACGCGGAUGGCCGCUCCGCCAGCUACAAGGUCUUGCCAUCGGGCCAGGCUUUCGGGUCGGUCGCAGGCCUUCCACUUGGUCUUGAUGUUUACGAGUCACAUGGUGUCUUCGUUGUUGUAUAA